AGCAACCCGAGUCAAUACUCAAAUCCCAUCCAUAACACCAGCCGUCAAAAUGCGUACCUCAAUCGUUGUCGCCCUUUCUAGCCUGAGCCUUACCGUUAUGGGCUGCAGCACAGUGACCAAGGUCACUCAUACCUUUUAUGGAUACCCAGAUAACGACCCAGCAGGCCCAGCGACUGCUUACGAUUGUGGCCGUGGUUUCAAGGCUGGUGGUACUGGCACCUAUACUGAUCCCUUGACUUUUGCCUCUGCGCCCGGCGAGUUCAACAAGUGCGAGGUCAUAUACGACCCAUACCUGCGCAAAUACCUGCGCUUCGAAGAUUACUGCGCCCAGUGCACCACCGACUGGAAGGCGAACCCAAAGAUCAACCAUAUCGACGUAUGGACUGGCAGCACCACAGUCAAUGGCGGUCAAAACCAGAUACAAUGUGAAAAUGAUCUUACGCCAGCAGAUCGGAGCCAGACCAUUGUUCGCCAGCCAUCCGCUAAUCUUCCUGUUGACAAAACCAACCUUUAUGUCAAGGGUGCAAGCCCCGCUUGCAGGACUAGCCAUAUAUAUUCCAGUUACAACAUUCGCGAUUACUGCUAGACAAAAACAUGGUAGCUGUAUAGUGAGGGAAAUGUUUCUGGAGUUCAUACACACUUGGAGUCGUUUCGUUGAGAUUUUCUAUACAUAGGCAUAUAUAAGCAUUGAAGC